UUGAUGUCAGACUGCAUGAAUCAAAACUUGAGUGUUUAGCAAAGAAUCAUGACUCACUUUAAUAAAUAAUCUGUGUUAACAUGUGUCUAUAUCAAAAAGCGAAAGACAGGGAUCAAAAAAGCAAUUUUAGGAAAAACUUUCACUAAGUUUAAAAAAAAAAAACCCAAACGUCUGUCCUUUGUCUAAGAAGUACAUCUGUUCUCCCCGUUUGGCCACCAACAUCAGGUAAAGGACACCCUCUUGUGGUUACCGCUAAGCUGGAUGCCAUCAAGGGAUUAAGGGCUAAAAAAAAAUCUCCUUUCAUCCUCUGCCUGCACAAACAAACACAGUUAUUAAAUCAGCAUUGGCUCAAACAUCCAGGGGCUUAUAGGACUGUGGUCUGUCAGUUUACUUUGUUUUGCUUUGAGCCAUUUGAACAUAACAAGGAAACAGGAGCAAGCAGCGGAGGGAGGAAGGAAAGAAGGGAGGGGGGAGGUUGGACUCGGGCAGGAAGAGCACAGUACGUCGAUCCCUCGCUGUCACCUGUAAGUGAAAUGAACACCUGUUGCCGGUGGGCUUUUAAAAGGAAAACGCUCAAAUUUCAGGUAGUUUGCAACGCUACAAAGGAAUAAGGCCCGUUUUUAGUUUUUCAGCCACUGACCCGGUGUCUACAAACUCGGGCACAAGUUGGACUAAUACUCGAGAAGGAUGUGUUUUUAAAAGCAAAAUCUGCCAGCGGCUGAAACGGAGCUACAGAUUGAACAUGCUGCAGGUUGUAUGAGUGACAGAUAUGGGGUCGGCAAGAUCUUAUUUGCAGACUUUCACUGUGGCGGUGGUUAUUUGCCAAUUUCUAACCACUGAAGGUUUGACCUCUGAGGUGCAGGCAAAGGCUGGAAGCUCCGUGGAGCUCGAGUGCAGACUUCCGUCAUCAGACCCAGCAGUUGUGUCCUCUGCAUCCCAGCACGUGGUUGAAUGGAUUCGACAGGGAUUUGACAUUCCUGUUCUGAUUAAAUUUGGAUCUUAUGCACCUCGGGUACAUCCACAGUAUGAGGGGCGAGUAUCUCUGGUACGAAUCACCACCCUCAGGCUGGAGGGCCUGCUGCUCGCUGACCAGGGCUUGUAUGAGUGUCGAAUCCUCUCACUGGAUAAGCCAACAGAUGAGCUGCAAAAUGGCACCUGGACUGUACUUUCUGUUACUGCCCCACCCGCCUUCACUGAACCCCCACCUCCUGUCCUCGAGGCUUUGGUUGGAAGUCACAUUUCUCUUUCCUGCAUGACUAAUGGCAACCCUACUCCAGCCAUCACUUGGUUUAAAGACGGCAUUGCCAUUCAAAAAAAUAUUUCUGAGGAUGGAGUUUUAUCUCUGCGAGCAGUGAGUAUACAUUCAGCAGGACAGUACACUUGCCACGCCUCCAACUCUGAGGGGAACGUGACUUGCGUGACAAAAGUGAAGAUCAAAGGUCCGCCUGUCAUUGUCAUACCUCCCAAAAACACCUCUCUGAAUAUGUCCCAAGAUGCACAUCUCCAGUGCCAGGCAGUGGCAGAUCCCCCCAACAUGACAUACGUGUGGGAAAAAGGUGGAGAAAAUGUCUAUCACAUAGAGUCUCUAAAGUCACGAGUGAAGAUCAUGGUAGAUGGGACUCUACUUAUCUCCAGGCUGAUCCCAGAGGACUCUGGCAACUACACCUGUGUGCCAACCAAUGGCCUGCUCAUGCCGCCAACUGCCUCUGCCAUCCUCACAGUGAUGCACCCAGCCCAGGCACUAAAAAUGCCCCAGGAAACAUACCUCCCCACAGGUAUGGAUGGUGUGGUUUCCUGCCCAAUGGUAGCUCAGCCCCCGCUGCUCCGUGUGGAUUGGAUGAAGGACGGAGAACCAGUCGACCUGUCUUUGUAUCCAGGAUGGACCUUAGCACCAGAUGGUUCUUUGUUCAUGGCAACUGUCAACGAUGAUGCAGCGGGCAUGUACAGGUGUACUCCGUACAACAGCUAUGGCACUAUGGGCACAUCUGGACCAACUAGUGUAAUUCUACAGGAUCCCCCUUCAUUCAGCAUCACUCCGGAGAAACAGUAUAAAGUGGAGGCUGGUAGAACCCUGCUUAUCCCCUGUCAAGGAAAUGUGGACCCAACAAUUAAAGUGACCUGGAGCAAGGUCGGCCUGGCUCGUAGCGUUUCCUACUCCGUAGAACCGGAUGGUUCUUUGCUGCUGCAGCCUUUGACCAAGGACCACCAGGGGGGGUGGGAGUGCAGCGCUUCUAAUCGUGUAGCCUCAGUAAAGACCAGUACACACGUAUUUGUUCUGGGAACCAGUCCCCAUGCGGCUACCUCUCUGUCCGUGUCUCCAGGGGUGAAGCAGGCCAACAUAUCCUGGGAGGCAGGCUUUGAUGGAGGAUCAGCACAGACAUUUUCAGUUUGGGUGAAAAAGAUUUCAGCAAGUGAUGAUGAUGGGAAGCAGGACUGGUUCUCUGUGCCUGUGCCCCCCUCCUCUGGCACUAGGCUGCAGGUGACAGGCCUGUCUCCUUCCACCGACUACCAGUUCAGUAUCCUGUCUCAGAAUAAAAUGGGAACUGGCCCCUUCAGUGACAUCGCCACUACACGGACUUUGGAUCCUCCACCAAGGAAAAAUAAACUAAAGCCCCCUGCAUUGCUGUCAGCUAAUCGGAGUUCAGCAGGUGUUGUUCUGCAAUGGUCCCUUUCUGAAGCACAGCACCCUCCCGUCACUGGCUUUGUUCUCCAAUCCCGCACCGAGCAAGGGGAGUGGUUUAAUUUGGACGAGGACAUCAGUGCCAACAGUAGCGAGAUAGUGGUUCCGGGUCUGCACAAGGACUGUGUGUACGAGCUGCGACUUCUAUCUCGACGUGGGGACUUGCUGAGCGAGCCCAGUCCAUCAGUCAAUGUCUCCACUGCAGGUAUGGAGAUUUACCCGUCCACUUCCCGGCUCCUGGAGUUCGUCCCAGAGUCCUUACUGGCCGGUGUCCUGGGUGGAGUCGGCUUCAUGUUGUUGGCCCUGGUCUUGCUGCUGGGGUCCGCCUGCAUCAUCAACCGCAAGAGGAACCAGCGCCGCAGAAAGAAGAGCGAUGAGCCCCCAACUGCCAUCUAUAAAUGCUCCCCAUCAAUAAAGACUUCAGGCACCAGCACUCCAGACAGUGUGCUGAAGAAAAGCCUGCUUCCAGCCAGCUCCCACUAUCCCACAUCUUCCUCUACCACCACCUCCUCUUCUUUGCAGACAGACUGUUCCUCAUUUAGCACUGAGAAUAAUAAUCGGAGGAAGCAUCUUAUGUCCAAGUACAGCAGAGACAGCCUCACUAAAACAACAUCUCUAAUUUCUCCUUCAAUUGAGAUGAUCUCUAGAGGUCCAGAUGGGCGAUUCACACUCCCACCAUAUGACACUGAGACUCUGAGUGUUCACAGCAAGAAAAGUGUAAGGUAUGACCAACACUCUAAAGUUCGAAGGUCUGUGUCACUGCACUCGGAGAAGCAAGACAGGAAAGAGCGUCCAUUUGUGCUUUCUGUUGAUCUCCCGCCUUGCAAGAAGUCAAGUUAUGAUGGCUUUCCUGAACUCAGCAGCUUGUGCUCUGACAGUAGUUUGGCCACUAUUCAUCAUCACGACAGAGAAAUGACUCCCGUAUUUCCAGUGCUUCCACAUAUCCGAGCUGGCCUUGGUCAGCCAUCUACAACUGCAAGCGCUCUGGUGCUCCAAAUGGAACAUGAGAGGGAAAGGGGGAACCUGCACCGCUGCCUGAAGCUGGCUCAGGAGAGGGAGGAACUAGAGAGGGAGCUGCAGUGGUACACAUUAGAAAGAAACUCCACAAAGCACGAGCAGUCAGACUUAAAGAGGAGAGAGGAUGGUGGCAAUGAGCUUUUAUGGGAAUACAAGAGCAGCACCUUGCCACACAGAUACUCCCUAGCCAGCAAGGAGAACCGUUGUUUCUCACCAAGCUUUUUAUCAUCAUCUUCUUCCUACUGGGAAACGCAUCCUCUUGUUUCUCCACCCACUUUGAUUCAAUCCAGGACCCAUCUCAACGCAUCAUCAGCUGCAGCUCCCUCAUAUUUAAAGUCCAGCAAUCGUCAUUCUUCUCCGUUUUUGCCCAAACAGACUUCCUUUCAAUCUGCGGAGGCAGGCAGUUUUUCGAAAGCCAGAUUAACUCUCCCACAUCUUUCCCUAGAGCACCAGAGACAUGAAAGAGCAGGGGCAGCACCAGAAAGCUAUAAUGAUUCACCACAAUCCACAGGCCUAGAUAUGCAAACAAAUGAUUCAUGUUCUGAGGCACAGAGACAGAACAAUCUUAGUCAUGGCAGCCUUUCAACAUUGUCUUUCUACAGCAAUAAAUACACUGAAAGAUCUAAUUCAGCUCUUGAUGCGUUGCCAGGCUCUUCAAAUGUGGAGGUAGUGCUCCCCAAACCCACUGGUGAAGAUUUGUGUGUUGAGAUGAGUGUAGAUGAGCCACACUUUGAGAUGUGUCGUGUGCGGCCUGCAAAGCCAAUGUUGCACCAACGAAUUGCAUCUCAUGUACAAGGGCAUACACUGACCCGCAGAGGUCGGCAUCAUGAUAUGAGGAGGAGCACAAGCUUGAACUGCCGUGGCCCUGUUUCUGUGGAUGAUAUAUUCAGGGUCCCAGAUUCUUCGCAACCUUUAGAACCACACAUGUGGAAAGCUGCGAGCCAAGGCUCUAAAAUAUCACUCUCUAAGCAGCGAAGUCAGAGUCUAGACUUGAGAAGACGGAAGGAAAGCAAUUUCCUGACUCCUGAUGCAUGGAUAGACUCUCUUAGCCAAGAAAACUGCUCUGCUCCAUCAUCUUGUCCUCCAGACUCGCUGUUCUGGAAACCUCAAAGUGCUCCUCCUAGGAAGAUUUCCAGCUCUCCUCCAAAUGAUCAUGCAGAUACCAAAUAUGCCACCUAUUUAACUCCUGCUGCUGCUGACCCUCUAUUUUCAAUGAGCCGUCCAGAAAGGCCCACAAUAAAUCCUAAUGUGCCUUGUCAUUACGAACCAAGAAGAGAGACCGGUCUUGUACCCAGUGCUGCCACAAUGCCAGGGGAAUACCAGGAGGACAUGGAACAGGAGGGAGGUUAUUUGGAGGCCGUGAAAGGAGCCGCUAUAUGCUUACUGCCCAACACCGAUGCUCAUGAGGUACUGGAAUUGGAGGCAGGAGGCUACGAUGGAGUGCCAGAGUCUGGCAGCAGCUACAGCAGUUAUGCCAGCAGUGGCCUAGGAAGCAUGGAGCCCAGUAAUGGGCGCCUUUCCAUGUGUAACCUUUCUCCAACACUCAUAAGCUCACCUGAGACUAUAGAGGACACCCAGGGGAACACCCAGGACAUACAAAAUAACAAAAUGGAAUCAAGCCAAAGGAGAAAGGUCUCUGUCGAUGAGAACUACGAGUGGGAUGCUACUGAUUUCUGCUCACAACCUGCUAACGUUCACAGCCUGUUUCCUUCGUUGAAUCUGCUGAAGCCUGAUCCGUGCCGCAGCCUACCCAGCAUGCAGCGCUCCACUAAGGCACUGAAAAAUUGCAGUCAGAUUUCUCGGCUCCCAGAGCAUCAAAGCAGCUGCUCUGCUGAGCUAGAACCAGACACUGUGCUGUUCUGACACUGCCAGCCUUUGGCUCGUCUCACCUGGUGUGUCCUUUCACUUACUGACUCGCAUCAAUGUCGACAAAAAAGUGCAUGCGGCAGAAUAUGAGCCUUUGUGUGAUCAAUUUUAGUUCCCCUUUCAAUCAAAAAAAGAGAGAGGCCAGUACAGAACUGCCUUUUUUACUAGACUAUUCUCUUUGCUAAGCUCAACUGAAAAGAAUAAUUUUCAACGCAUGUAGGUCCCAGUAAAAGUAGUAGAGGCAUAAAACCAUCUCUGUCUUUAUGCAAUGCUUUUAAACUUUGUUUCCCUUUGUGACC